AUGUCGGAGGCGGGGGGCGCGGACCGGGCGAGGGCCGCCGUGGCGCGGCUCGCAGAGGCGGUGGGCGACCGGCGGCGGCGGCUGGGCACCGCCAUGGGGGACGCACAGCGGCAGCGGCGGCUGCUGUUGCUGGUGGUGUGCGUGGCGCUGCUGCUGGACAACAUGCUCUACAUGGUCAUCGUGCCCAUCAUACCCGACUACAUCGCGGCCAUGCGCGGCGGGGGGCAUGCUACCGGCCCGUCCGCGCCCGCGGGGGGCAACGAGAGCGGCAGCGGCGGCGGCAACCGGAGCCUCCUGCCGGCGCGGUACCCGGUGUCCACAGGGGGCAACGAGGACGUGCAGAUCGGGGUGCUCUUCGCCUCCAAGGCCAUGCUGCAGCUGCUGGUGAACCCGCUCAGCGGCACCCUCAUCGACCGCGUGGGCUACGAGGCGCCGCUGCUGGCCGGGCUGGCCGUCAUGUUCCUUUCCACCACCACCUUCGCCUUCGCCCAGAACUAUGCGACGCUGUUCGCGGCGCGCAGCCUGCAGGGGCUGGGCUCAGCCUUCGCCGACACCGCGGGCAUCGCGCUCAUCGCCGACCGCUACGCCGAGGAGCCGGCGCGGAGCCGUGCCCUGGGUACGGCGCUGGCCUGCAUCUCCUUCGGCAGCCUCGCAGCCCCACCCUUCGGCGGCGUACUCUAUGAGUUCGCUGGCCAGCGGGUGCCCUUCCUGGUGCUGGCCUGCGUCUGCCUCCUCGACGGUGUGAUGCUGCUGGCCCUAGCACCGCCCUGGGCCUCUGGGGCGCGGGCAAACAUGCCCGUUGGCACCCCCAUCCACCGUCUCAUGGUGGACCCCUACAUCGCUGUGGUGGCCGGGGCCUUGGCCACCUGCAAUAUCCCCCUGGCUUUCCUGGAGCCCACCAUCGCCAACUGGAUGAAGGAGUCCAUGGGGGCCAGCGAGUGGGAGGUGGGCCUCACCUGGCUACCUGCCUUCUUUCCCCACGUGCUGGGUGUCUACGUCACUGUCCGGCUGGCUGCCGCAUACCCUCACCUCCAGUGGUUUUAUGGGGCCUUGGGCAUGGCCAUCAUUGGUGCCAGCUCCUGCCUGGUGCCAGCCUGCAGGAAUUUCGGGCAGGUUAUUGUUCCCCUCUGUGGCAUCUGCUUUGGCAUCGCGCUUGUGGACACAGCCCUGCUGCCCACCCUAGCCUUCUUGGUGGAUGUCCGCCAUGUCUCUGUCUAUGGCAGCGUUUAUGCCAUCGCAGACAUCUCCUACUGUGUGGCAUAUGCCCUGGGGCCCAUCGUGGCUGGCCAGAUUGUGCAUACCAUGGGCUUUGCACAGCUCAACCUGGGCAUGGGGCUGGCAAAUGUGCUUUAUGCCCCUGUCCUCCUCUUACUCAAAAAUGUCUGCCAAAUGAAACCUUCUCACUCAGAGAGGAACAUCCUCCUUGAAGAAGGACCUAAGGGACUAUAUGACACCAUCAAAAUGGAGGAGCGCAAAGGCAUGAGCAAAAGCCUCCAGCCAGCAGGAGAGAGAGAAGAAAACGGCAUGGACUCUUACCGUAGAGACCUGACAGGGGCAUCUGAGGAGGACUCAUCAGAUUAUGAGUACAGUUAA